AUGCCACCCCUCCCAAUAAGUAUCCGCGCUAUUGGCGAUAACCAUAUCCACUGCAUCCACAACUUUCCACAACUCCUCAUCACAAAAGCUCAACUCCCCCUCUCCAAACCUGGAACCAUCACCACCACCACGCUCACCUCCUUGAAUACCCUCAACCACCUCAAUGGCACCACCUCCAUGCUCUCCGAAAACACCACCUGCUCAUUCCUCCAUACCCAAGAGCAUCCGCUCGCCCCCUCGCCUGUCGGCAUCCCUGGAGUCACUGUUCUCGGCUUCUUCAAGGUGGUCUUCAUGGUGACGGCGACGUAUAUUGUUGCCCUCAUUGUUAUUGCGAUCUUUGUGAGUCUGUGCAUGUCUGUAUAUGAGACCUGUUUAUUGUCGACGGGCGCUGUCGACAUGGAGACGGAAGGAUUGAAGGUCAGCGAAGACAAGGAGAAGGAGGAGUAUCCCGGGUUGGGGGUGAGGGCUGUUGAGGUAUGA